AUGGAGCGCCCACGCAGCAGCGUCACGCGCAACGGCAGCAAGGCGCUGUCGCGCGGGAGCGUCGGGAUUCCCGGAAGCGCGGCCGGGAUGGUCGACGCGGAGAAUUUCCGCAGCCACAAGUUUGCCGAGCUCGUGGCCCAGUGGGUGGACUCGCGCAACAAGCAGUCCAUGAACGAGACGGGCGGGCUGCCCGAGGACGUCCACCUCCUGGAGGAGCUCAACAUCACCUCCGCUCGCCCCAUGACCGCGGUGGAGCCGCGCACCGCGGACCUGCGCUACGGGAGGGACAAGGAGGUGCGUCCGGUGACGGUGGGGGGCCGGCGGCGGCAAAUGAGCUCGCGCGAGCUCCUCGACAAGCUGCAAGGGGACGCUGCGGCCCCGAGGGCACCUGCGACGGUGAACGCCUGGGUCCGGCCGCCGUCGAGCCGGCCGAGCACGCGCUCCGGCGGCGCCGCGUCGCGCCCUGAGAGCGCCUCUAAGCACUCGGCUGGUGCGGACAGGCCCGCUGCGCCCGAGGGCGAGGGCAAGGGCGAGGUCGAGGUCGAGGGCGCGGUGGAGGACGCGUUCAGGCCGCCCCCGCCCGUGUCCUCGACGCAGCCGCCGAACCGCAAGCUCACGUACAUGACGACGAACCAGGCGACGUACGGUCUGCGCGACGUGCCGGGCGACGCGGACGUGUACGAGGGGAUGCUGCAGCUCACGGUGCAGAAGGAGAGCGAGAACAAGCCGUGGAUGACGCGCUCGAUGUGGGGGGAUUCGCUGAAGAAGGGCGACCUGUCGUUCUGGAAGCGCACGUGCCUGCGCUCGAGCUACCAGGACUUCACGGAGAACAUCAUCGACCCGGACACCGUCGAGGAGGUCGAGGCGAAGGAGAACCUCCACCGGUACAUCGGGACGUCGCAGACGUACUUCGGCGACCUCCUGAGCAAGGAGAAGGCGGACGACGUGGCGCGCAAGUUCCUGGCCGCGCCCGUGGAGGAGCGCGACAAGAUGCUCGACGUGAUGCGCAACGUGCACGCGGCGGUGCAGCCGCACAACCCGCCGUACAUGAGCACCACGCACCGGGACUACCGCGUCCCGGGGUCCUUCGUGGACCGCGAGCUCCAGGAGCUGGAGAAGCGCGAGACCCAGUACAAGGUGCACGGGCGGCCGCAGACGGUGGAGCUCGCGAAGCGCAGGGUGCCGCAGAGGAUCCGGACCGCGAGCCCCGAGCCAGCGCCGGCGAAGAUGACGCGGCUGCAGACGGUGCGGAGCCUGGCGGCGGGGCAGACGGGGAAGAAGAAGCUGGCGCCCGAGACGCUCAAGUCGCACUUCCAGCUCACGUGGGGCGGGAACACGGGCGAGCCGCCCGAGUCUUCGUACGCGGAGCACUUCAACAAGGCGCCCAGCACCGCCGUCGCGGCCAAGCGCGACAAGGCGGAGAACUGCGACCCGUGGGCGUUCCCGACCUGCCCGUUCGGCGCCGUCAACCGCCACACGCGCGCCACGCGGGACCGCGACCUGUACGUGCCGCCGUACCUCGUGCUCGGCGACACCAACAAGCCGAGGAAGGGCGCCGGCCGCACGCGUGCGAGCACGACGUACGACACGUCGUACAAGGGCGGCAUGGCUCCGCGCAACGACCGCCGGCUCGCGGUGCAGGGCGCGGCGGCGCUGCGGACGAGCAGCGUGCCGCUGGGCAGGAAGGGCAUCUGCAUGACGUCGGGCACGGGGAGCACGACGUACAGGGCGGAGUACGUCAAGAAGCUGGACCCCUCGGACCGCGCGCGGCGGAUCAAGCAGGCGCAGCAGCUCAAGGAGGCGCUCGCGAGCCCGUCGGUGCCGGUCGGGGCCGUGGCGCCGUCGCUGCCGCCGUGGUGGGACGACUUCAAGAAGAGCCAGGCGUUCUGA